AUGAAGUUCAGCAUCUCCCUUGUCUCUGCCUUUUUGGCUGCCACAGUUGUGGCAACUCCAACUCCAACGGAGCUUGAGAAGCGUGCUACUACUAUGUGUGGAAACUGGGGCACAGUUGCUACUGGUGGACUUACAGUUUAUCACAACACUUGGGGUUCUGGGAGUGCCACUUCUGGUUCUCAGUGCACCACUUUCAACUCAAUCAGCUCGGCCGGCUCAGUUUCCUGGUCAACUACUUGGACCUGGGCUGGUGGAGCUAAUCAGGUCAAGUCCUACUCCAACGUUGCUCUCGAGAAGGUGAACAAGCAGCUCUCAGCUAUCUCGUCCAUUCCAUCAACAUGGACAUGGAGACAAUCCGGUUCCAACGUCGUGUCCGAUGUGUCCUAUGACCUCUGGCUCGCCCCUUCAGUCGGAGCCAACAACCAGUACGAGAUCAUGGUCUGGCUAGGAUCAUACGGAGGAGCUGGUCCAAUCUCGUCGACCUACAACGCUGCCGGAAAUGCUGUUCCCAUCGCUAGCCCUACCAUUUUGGGCACUACCUGGAAGCUGUUCAAGGGACCAAACGGCGACACCACUGUCUUCUCUUUCGUUGCCCCAUCCAACAUUGGUAACUUUAGCGGCGAUCUCAAGCAAUUCUUCAACUACUUGACCAGCAGCCAGGGUGUUUCCACCUCUGCUGUUGUCACCAGCUUGCAGUCUGGUACCGAGCCCUUCACAGGCUCAAAUGUUGUCUUCACAACCUCCGCAUACACUAUCAAGGUUGUGUAA